UGAACUGCGACCUUUAACAUGUGUGACGCCCGCUGUGUUUAGGCAGAAAACGUGGGUCGGGUAGAUCUGCCUUGCGUUUUCUCUGCUUAUUAAAUUUUUAUUAUACUUAAUUGUUUAUGAAAAAGCCUAAACAUGGGGAAGCCGCAGAAAAAGAGGGGUCUUGCUGACAAAGUUCGCAAGACGAAAACCUCUAACGAAAUCAAGAACAAUCCAUUUGAGGUGAAGAUCAAUCGGAAGAAGUUUGAUAUUCUUGGGCGAAAGACGAAACAUGAUGUUGGUCUUCCUGGUGUUUCUAGAUCAAAGGCCAUAAAAAAGCGCCAAGAGACCCUGCUGAAGGAGUACAAACAAAAAAGCAAAUCUAACAAGUUUGUUGACAGGCGGUUUGGUGAAUAUGAUACCAAAAUGGCUCCUGAAGACAAAAUCCUGAAAAGGUUUGCCUUGGAAAGACAGCGUAUGCAAGAUAAAAAGAACAUCUAUAAUCUUAAUGAAGAAGAGGAGCUUACUCACUUUGGCCAGUCGCUGUCAGAAAUUGAGAAGCUGAAUGAUGUGGUGGACAGUGACAGUGAAUCAGAGGACAAAGGACUCCUCUCUGCGGAGUUCACUGCGUCACACUUUGGUGGAGGUGGCGGCUUGCUGAGGAAGAAGAAUGCUGAAGAGGAAGGCGAUGGAGAUGGGAAACCCAGAUCUCGUCAGGAGCUAAUUGAAGAACUUAUCAUCAAGUCCAAGCAGGAGAAGCAUGAGCGCCAGACCCAGAAGGAGGAGGCACGGGUGCUGACCGAGAAACUGGACCAAGACUGGAAGUCCAUUCAGAGUCUAAUGGCUCGUAAUGCCCCCAAGUCGGUCUGCAGAGUGGAAGAAAGCAAGCCUAAGGCAGAGGAGUAUGACAUAAUGGUUCGGGAGCUGGGCUUUGAGAUGAAGGCUCAACCAUCAGAGAAGAUGAAGACGCCAGAGGAGGUGGCCAGGGAGGAGAGGGACAGGCUGCAAAAACUGGAAGCUGACAGACAGCGUAGAAUGUUGGGUGAUAUGGAGGAGGAGACCAGCAAGAAACAGAGCUACUUGUCAGCAGAUGACCUGAAUGAUGGAUUCAUCUUGGAUAAAGAGGAUCGGCAGAUGCUUUCUUACCAAGAUGGAAAGUGGAACAUAGCAGAGGAGGAUCAAAAUGCUGAUGAUGAUGAUGCUGAUGAUGCUGAUGCUGGUGAUGAUGAUGAUGAUGGAGGCAAUAAUGAUGGCAGUAAUGAUGGUGAAGAUGGUGAUGAUGAUGACCAACAUGGAGAAAGUGGAUCAGAGGAAGAGGGUAGCGAUGCAGAGUCGGGUCAUUCUGACCUCGACUCGGAGGAUGUAGUGGAAGAUGACGAUGCGGAGGUUCUCAGGAAAGCGGAGAGCCAGGCUAAACCACACUGCACCUUAAGUAAGGAAGAGCGGCUCGCUGGGCAGGAGGAGGCCAAAGCAGAGCUUCCAUAUACCUUUCCAGCACCAGAGAGCUUCAGUGAUUUGAGGUCUCUUCUGCAUGGGCAUUCUGCUGAUAAGCAGUGUGUUAUUCUGGAGCGGAUUCAGAAAUGCAAUCACCCAAGCCUGGCAGCAGGAAACAAACUUAAACUACAGAAAAUGUUUGGCUUUCUUCUGGAGUAUGUUGGAGACUUGGCCACUAGAUGUCCUCCUGAGCUUGGCACAGUAAACAAACUUGUUCCCCAUCUGUACGGCCUCUGUCAGCUGUUCCCAAACGCGGCGUACCUGGCCAUGCAGAACGUGCUGAGUGACAGUGCCCACGAUAUGGAGGAAGUCGUAGAGGUCAAAGGUCGUGCCGCCCUCCCAGGCCUUGGCAUGCUCAUUUACUUGAAGAUUGUAGCUCUGCUGUUCCCCACUUCGGAUUUCCGGCACCCUGUCACCACUCCCGCCUUGGUGUACAUCAGUCAGCUGCUCACUAAGUGCCCAAUAACUUCCCUGGAGGAAGUGACCGGCGGAUUGAUUCUGUGCUGCCUGACGCUGGAGUAUGUCACACUCUCUCAGCGAUUCGUCCCGGAGCUCGUCAGCUACCUCUUAGGAAUCCUGCACCUGGCUGUGCGAGACAAAGGCUCCCUCGGUUACCGUGUGGUGCCACCAUUCAGGCUAACAGGAAGACACUGCGACCUGCUGGUGACGAGCGACGCAGCUCAUGCCGAGUCAUGGAGCAGGAUUCCGCUGCCGAUGUCUGGAGCCCAGAGCCUCAAGCUGAAGGACGACCUGGAGAGAGACCAUUAUAAGUUGUCGUGCUUGGCCACAUGUCUGGACCUGGUGAAGAGGUGUUCCUCGCUGUAUAAAUCUUUGCCAUCUUUUACCCAGAUCUUCUGGCCCAUCAGAAUUCUACUGUCCAAGCAUAUCUCUCUGGAAGGCCACUCGUCAGUCCUGCAGGACCUGCAUAGGGAAGCACUGGAAGCUGUAUCCGAGUCCCCAGAAAGGCCGUCUCCCUUGGUAUUUGAGAAGACAAAGCCCAUUCCUCUAAGACUGUUCACUCCUAAAAUAGUGGAAGUUUUGGACUUUGGAAAGAAGCGGGGCAGCUCCAAGCAGGAGAGGGAGAAAGAGAAGCUAAAACACAAGUAUAGGAAGGAGCUGAAGGGAGCGCUGCGGGAAAUCCGGAAGGACACCAAGUUCCUGGCCAGGGAGAAGCUGACGGAGAUCAUGACUCGGGAUGCGGAGAGAAAGAGGAAAGUGAAGGAGCUCUUCGGCAGCCUGUCCACUCAGGAGGGGGAGUGGAAGGCUCUCAAGAAGAAGAAGAGGAAGUGAUUGGCCAUCGCCGUCGUCACAUGACAUCGCCAGAUCUCCAUGUGGACUGUAUUAAAUCCAACUCAAUCACAGCAACCCUAUUAUUCCUUUUGGACUAUAGUUUGUAGGUUUAUCAGUUGUUUUUCUGUAAUGUAACUAAAUGUAACAUAAUUCUUUUUCAAAUGGGAAGAAAAAGGGUUAAUUUUUAAAAAAGUUAAACUACAGAUAACCAAUAAGUAGGCCUUCCUAAAGGGCAUACCAACCCAUCUCCGCCAUUCCUGUAGGCUUGCAGUACGUUCAGAAGUACGACAUUGGAAACAUUGGCAAUGGCUUCAAAUUCUAUGAAGUACCCCUGGGAUAUACAUUUUGAGCAAUUUGUAUGGCUGUUUAAUGGACAGCAGUCUUUGUAAAUGUGAUUUAUAAACCCAUUAGGAUAAUAGAAAUAUUUCCAUUUUAAUAAACAGAUUGCUCUUUAUUUGUUA